UGUUCCCAGUUGUCACCAAACAAAUAAAUACGAAACAAUCAAAGCAUAGGGAAUAGCUUUCCUCCUCUCUAUAUUUCCGCUUUCACUUCUUCUCUCUCACCCUCCAACUAUGAGUUACUACAACCAGCAGCAGCCACCCGUCGGUGUUCCUCCUCCCCAAGGUUACCCACCGCCGGAAUCUUACGGAAAGGACGCGUACCCUCCGCCAGGGUACCCUCCACAGGGAGGAUACCCUCCGCAGGCGUAUCCAGCACAGGGGUACCCUCCACCCUACGCGCCUCCUCAGUACGCUCAGCCUCCGCCGCAACAACACCAGAAUUCAUCUGGCCCGGGUUGCUUAGAAGGAUGUUUGGCUGCUCUCUGCUGCUGUUGCCUGUUGGAUGCCUGCUUCUGAGGAAGAAAAGAGAGGUUGCUUUGCACAAAUUGGAUUUGAAACUGUGUUUUGACUUUGAACAUGACCAUUAUCGCUCUUAGUUUUUAUUAUUUUCUAUGUUGAUUUACAUUUCGUGGAUAUGAAAUAUUGUUCUGCUUCAUUAACAGGAGGAUUCGUGGCUUUUUGUUUUUCUUGUGUUUUUGUUUAUAUUGGCGAUUGAUACAAAAAAUAAAAACCCUCUAAUAGCGCACUAA